UUUGACUUCCUUCCCACUUCUCUCUCCCAACCCCCGUUGGGCUCUAUCAACAGCCUGCGGUCUAACAGCCGCAAGAGCGUCCUCUUCCACGAUGGCGCCUCGAGUCAACAUCCCGCCAGCGACCCGCAUCUGUCUCAUCAGCCUUCUCACUCUCUCCUUGCUGUACAACAUCGCCCGCUGGCGCCAACUUGACACCACCCCAGGAACACCGACCACCAUUCCCAUUGUACCCUAUUUGACGCUCGUUCCCUCGCAAUUUCUCUUCUAUCCAUGGACUCUUCUUACAGCUACGUUUGUGGAGCAAAACAUAUUUACCGUACUUCUGAACGCGGGCACUCUUUUCUAUGGCGGAAAAUACCUGGAGCGCGCAUGGGGUUCCCGGCAGUUCGCUAAAUUCCUCCUCGCCAUCGCCGUGAUCCCGAACGUGGUGAUCAUUCCGCUUUAUAUUCUAGGGAGCGCCUUCAAGAGCAACUCCAGCGGCGGCGUAACCCAGAUAUGCGGCGGUAUCUCGAUCCAGGCCUCCUUCCUUGUCGCCUUCAAGCAGCUCGUUCCUGAGCAUACGGUAACCAUAUUCAAGGGCUUGGUCAAGAUGCGGGUUAAGCAUUUCCCGGCUCUCUUCUUGUUAUUGAACACCAUCAGCGGGGUGGUUUUUGGCACACAUGUUGCGGCGAUCCUCUCUUGGCUCGGCCUGUUGACCAGUUGGACGUACCUCCGUUUCUUCAAGCGCCAGCCAGAUCUUACGGGCACAUCGACAGACGGACUAGGCAUCAAGGGCGAUGCAAGCGAGACCUUCGCAUUUGCUUGCCUCUUUCCGGAUGUUCUUCAACCACCAAUUGCGUUUCUUUCCGAUCAAGUAUACGCGUUGCUGGUCGCCCUCAGGAUCUGUACGCCUUUCUCCGAAGAAGCCAUUGCCUCGGGCAACCAACAAGUUCUAGCAAGGGGCGAGGCAGGCCUUCCUAGCCUUCUUUCUAAUCAUCGUAACGGAAGAGCCAUGGCGAAGCGGGAGGAGGCUGAACGCAGACGAGCCCUGGCCCUCAAGGCCCUAGACCAGAGACUGCAAGCAGCCGCUGCUGGAAGAGUACAGCCUCCGUCUACAUCGAAUCAGCAAGGAUCCAAUCAUACCCAGACUCCGACGCCAACGGUAUCGGCGGGGCAGAGUAUGUUAGGGGAAACCAACUACACGCCAGACCAUGCAUGAACAUGGGGAAAUUCUGCAUCGUUUUACGGGGUUUGGUCGGUUGUUUGGGAAUCGAUGAAAAGGAACAAUGCAACGUAAAGUGUCUCUGCCGUUUAGCCUUGUUAUCAUAUACCGGACCUGGAAUCGUCUUUUCGCAAGGACUCGAGUCAUUAAGCGAAAGCAAGUCAUGACCACGGGACAUGACUUACUAACCUUUACUGUACAAAAUGUCUUUGACCCUUCCUUUGAACAUUAAUGAACGAACAUGAAACAAUC